AUGGAUAAAGUUUUUAAUGUUGGUAAAUUAGUUGAUUUUCAAUGGAAAUUGGGCGUUUCAAUUGCUUCAAAUCACUCUUCUCAAUUAAAUACACCAUUCAUUACAGUUUUUGUUAAAGUUUUAGAUUCAAAUAGUGAAGUAACAUCACAUUCUUUUGAAUUAACUAUACCAGAAUUUAAGAAUUUUGCACAACAAUUUAAAGAUAUGUCAAACAUGAUUGAAACCUUAUAA